AUGAAGGACGCAUAUCUGGAAGUCUCUGGCGCCCUUAUACGUCGUCAUCCCAACCAACUGUCGCAGACUGAAAGAGUGAUACACGUUCAAUGUAAUGACUGCCGCUUUCCCGAAAAAGGCUGGGUGCAAAUUGUAUUUAUGCGGCAGGUAUCGGGACUACAGAAAGUGUGGCAACUGUCACCGAUUCCGGAAAAGAGUAAGCCGGUAUCGCGGCUGGUUGAGCUCCCAACAUUUGAGCAUACCCCAUCGAAUAUACCUUCCAAAGGUGUAUAUACGACUUUGACCAGAUGUGGUAAUAGAAUAGGUUGUGCAAAGCCCAAAACCCCUUUGCUUUCAAGUUGUGGACGCCUCGCUUCAUGA